UCGGAGGAUAGCGUCACAACCGGGGCGGCGCGCGCGGCCUUCGGAGGACGGCGUCACAAUCGGGCGGCGCGCGCGGUCUUCGGAGGGCAGCGUCACCGUCGGACUGUGCGCGGGACCUUCGGAGGGCAGCGUCAUAAUCGGGCGGCGUCACAGCCGAGUGUCUGAGUCAUAAUCGCAGGCUCGGGCGUCACGGAGCAGCCUGCGGCCGCGGCCUAAGCCCCGCUCCCCCGACCCGACCGGACCUCCCGCGCUGUGUCGUGCCGCGCCGUGCAGCCAUGUCGGGGGCCAGCGCCGGCUACAACAGCCCGCACCUGGCCAGGGCCGCGCGGCCUUGUCUCAACGGUCCUGGUCCAAAUCAAUUGAUGAAUCAAAAUUCUUCAGUUCCCACUGAUCAAGGGUAUAAUGUGGUUCCUCAAACACCGCAUGUGCAACAAUUGCCAGCAAAGAACUUUCCACAGGUUCCUAUUGAACAAUAUAAUUAUGAAUAUCAACAAAAUCUUCAGCCUGUUGGUAAUUUUCAGAGUGUCGGACAGACUGUCAGCAGACCUCCACUAAAUGCUAACCUGUUACAGAAGGGGAACUCUGCUGGUGUACAGAGUGCUUCUUUGGCUGCAUAUCCAGGAUCUUACUCAAGAAUGCCACUGCCUUCUCAAAGUUCAUUUGCACCACAGCCUGCUGACAGUGUUCCACCUAGAGCCUCAGUCCUUCCACAAUCAAACUGGCAGUUUGGUCCUCCACAACAAUCCCAUCCUGUUAGCCAACCCCCAGCAGGGAUGCAAAAAAAUCAUGUUUCAACUGAAGGAAUUGGCCAGGGGCAUAUGCCUCCAGUGCCCAUCUCCACCGUCUAUGGAAUGCCAGGUCCAAAGCCAGCACUGGCCAAUCAGUAUGGUAAUAUGGCUGGAAGACCUACUACUCAGAAUUAUGCAAACCAAGGAUCAGUUCAUCCACCAGUCAGUCAACCAUCACACAACAUGUAUCAACCAGGCAGGGCGCCUCUGGGUCCCCCUCCAAGUGGAGGCCCUCCUUUGAUCAGACCAUCUCAACCUCUGGCGAACACUAAUCACGAUGUACCACUGGCUCAGAAUAUUUCAAGAGACUCUGAAGGAUUUAACUCUGGAUCAUCUGGUGAUCAAUCAGAAGCUUUUGACAACUAUGAUACUUUGGAAGGAGGUGGUAAAAUUAUGCAGCCACUUCAACAACCUCUUAAGACCAGAGGAACACUUGGCCACCCUUAUCCCUCAAUGCCCCCUGGAUACCAAAACUUAGCUGGCCCUGGAAUUCCUGGUAGCCAGAUGCCAGAUGCAGCAGGAUCACAAUUUUCUCAGGCUCCGCAUUUUAAUCAAAUAAUGAGUGGCAUGGGUGGGCUUAGUCUCCAGCAGGGCCACCAAUCAGAAGGAGUACGACCUCUGAAUCUCCUGCAAGACAGAAAUAUUCUGCCUUCAACUCCAGUCAAAGCUCCUCAACCAAACCUGCACAAAGAUCUACAGAAACUGAACUGCAAUCCAGAAGUGUUCAGGUGCACAUUGACCAACAUCCCUCAAACUCAGUCUUUAUUGAGCAAAGCUAAGCUUCCUUUAGGAUUACAACUGCAUCCAUUCAGAGAUCUAUCGCAAUUGCCUGUGGUUACAUCGAGUACCAUUGUGAGAUGUCGUUCUUGCAGAACUUACAUAAAUCCUUUUGUUAACUUUCUGGACCAAAGAAGAUGGAAAUGUAACUUGUGCUAUCGAGUUAAUGAUGUUCCUGAAGAAUUCAUGUAUAACCCUGUGACACGAUCAUAUGGAGAACCACAUAAACGACCUGAAGUUCAAAGUGCAACUAUAGAGUUCAUUGCUCCUUCAGAAUACAUGCUGCGACCGCCACAACCUGCAGUCUACCUUUACAUCUUGGAUGUCUCCCAUAAUGCAAUAGAGUCUGGAUAUUUAAAUACUGUCUGCCAGUUGUUAUUGGAUAAUCUUGACACGUUACCUGGUGAUUCUCGUACAAGGAUAGGUUUUAUUACAUUUGAUAGUACCAUUCAUUUCUACAAUCUUCAAGAAGGCCUGUCACAGCCUCAAAUGAUGGUUGUUUCUGAUAUAGAAGAUGUCUUUAUACCAACACCAGACAACUUGUUGGUGAACCUGAAUGAAAGCAAAGAGUUGAUCCAAGACUUGUUAAGAAACUUGCCACAAAUGUUCAUCAAUACAUUGGAGACUCAAAGUGCCCUAGGUCCUGCGCUACAGGCUGCAUACAAGUUGAUGUCCCCAACUGGUGGUCGUGCCUCUGUCUUCCAAACGCAGUUACCUUCAUUAGGUGUAGGUGCUCUAAAGUCCAGGGAAGAUCCCAAUCAGAGAUCUAGCAUAAAGGACGUCCAGCACCUUUCUCCAGCGAUUGAUUUCUACAAGAAACUUGCCCUGGAUUGUUCAGGGCAACAGAUUGCAGUAGACCUAUUUAUGUUGAAUGGCCAGUAUUCUGACCUGGCAUCUCUGGCUUGUAUUUCAAAAUUCUCAGCUGGUUGCAUUUACUGUUACCCAUCGUAUCAUCACAAACACAAUCUUGUUCAGGUGGAGAAAUUUCAAAAGGACUUAAAGCGUUACUUGACUAGAAAGAUUGGCUUUGAAGCAGUCAUGAGGAUACGUUGCACAAAAGGCCUUGCCAUCCAUACUUUCCAUGGAAACUUCUUUGUGCGUUCUACAGACUUGCUGUCACUGCCCAACAUAAAUCCUGAUGCUGGGUUUGCAGUACAGAUGUCAAUAGAGGAGAAUCUGGUGGAUGUGCAGCUUGUCUCAUUUCAAGCUGCCCUAUUGUAUACUUCAAGUAAAGGUGAACGUCGCAUUCGGGUUCAUACCAUGUGUCUGCCAGUUGUGAGUUCACUUGCAGAUGUCUAUGCAGGAGCUGAUGUUCAAUCUGUUACUUGCUUGCUGGCCAGCAUGGCUGUUGACCGAUCUAUUUCAUCGAGCUUGAGUGAUGCCAGAGAUGCUUUGGUUAAUGCUGUGAUAGAUUCACUUGCUACUUAUCGUACAGCUGUUUUAAGCCAGCAGCAGCAACAACAGCCAGGUGUAAUUGCUCCCUUCUCAUUACGGCUGUUUCCUCUCUAUGUGCUAGCUCUACUGAAACAGAAAGCUUUCAGAACUGGAACUAGCACAAGGCUGGAUGACCGUGUGUUUUCCAUGUGUGAAGUGAAAUACCAACCCGUGUCUUACCUCAUCCUCAUGAUUCAUCCAAAUCUGUACAGGAUUGAUAAUCUGUCAGAUGAGGGAUCCAUUAACGUUAAUGAUAAAACUAUACCUCAGCCACCGAUUCUUCAACUGUCUGUAGAGAAACUAAAUAGGGAUGGCGCCUUCUUAAUGGAUGCUGGUUCUGCUUUCCUCCUUUGGGUUGGAAAAAAUUGUUGCUCGCACUUCAUCAGUCAAGUUCUUGGUGCUUCUAAUUAUGCUUCAAUACCACAAAACAUGACACAGCUUCCUGAACUGGAUACUGCUGAAUCGGAACGUACCAGAGCCUUCCUUUCUUGGUUGCGGGAUCAAAGGCCGUUUUACCCUGUACUUCAAGUAGUUAAGGAUGAGACUCCUGUUAAGACUAGUUUCCUACAGAAUAUGAUUGAAGAUAGAACAGAAUCAGCAUUGUCUUAUUAUGAAUUCCUACUUCAUGUACAACAACAAGUGAAUAAGUGAUCCACAGAAGAAAUGCAUGCUUCAGUUGUGUGGAGAUGGCUCUUGUUGGUACAAGGAAGUACCAGUAUUUAUAUAUGCUUAAUGAAAUAAUUAAAUAUUGGUAUCCUUGUAAAUCACAUUCUAGCUUUCAUUGAGGCAGUCUACAUUUUCUGCACAGUGUGGAAACAUUUAAUAGAUGGAUCACAAAUAUAAAUAGAACUAAGCCAUUUUAUGUUAAUAGCAUUUGAAGAUUUACCUAGUAAAACUUAGCUACAUAUAGUUGUGAAAACCGAGGUUCUGUUCAUGAUUUGGGUUUCUACUGUUGGGAGUGUGGAACUGUUUUUAAAUACCACACUGAGUAAUAGCAUGGUUUAAAUAUUCUCUUUGUAAAAGCUGUGGAAACUAGAGGAAGUCAUCACGAUGUAGAGUUUGGUGUAAAUUCUGAUUUCAAAUCAAGCAAUGGUUGAAUGUCUGUUCCUCCCUCAAAGAUGAGACAUAAUAUACAGAGAUGCUUGUAAAGAAUUCAAAUAUGUAACAAUGGAAUUUUAUCACUUAACUGUAUAUGUGCUCUUCACAGCUGGCAACUUAGAGAUCGGGCAGACUUGAAGUCAUUGUUUGUAAUCAUAUGUGCUGAUAAAGCAGUUUUUAGACUUUGGGCUUAACGUUAUAACAUUUGCUUCUCCUGUAUCAUUACAUCCGGUCUUGAAACCGCUAGGUAUGAUUACAUUCAGUGUAACAUUAUCCUAAAUUGGUAUAUUUUUCUAGUUUCUCCUGCUUUUUUUACUAGGAAAAUACAGAUUUAUGCAAAAGUGACUUAUUUAUGUAAUUCACAACAUAUGGUAAAGUGUGAUUUAUAUUGAUGUUGCUGUAUUGCUAAUAUUAUCACAUCUUUGUGCUUGGAGUAUCAUGUGCGUCACCUUUUUAAAUUUGUCUUGAUACUUAAGUUUGAAUGAUCCUAAUGCUAAUAGGCAGAGAUUGUAACAUUACCUGCCAUGUCUGAUAUUUCUACUUGAAUAGAACAAACACUUUUGAAAUCAUUGGAACGUGUGUAUUUUGCAGACAGGCUUUUUAUUACAGAAUUGUUUAAAUUAGUGAACAAAAUUAAUGCUGCAAAACCUCCUGUAACAGUAUCUGGGACCACAAAUAUCAAUUUGAAAGUCCAUACACUAUGAAAUGUAAUCUGUAAAUAGUAAAUUGCAUUUUGUAAAGUAGUGUAUAAAAUUGUAACAAAUUAAAUGCUAAUUCUCUAAA